UUUUUACUGACUUUCUCCCUCUGGCUCGGUUGUUCCUGAUUGAUCUCCUUGUUCGCAAGGGCGUUGGCCUGCAUGCUGCCGUUUCUCUUAUCUUUGCCCAGUCUUGACCGUUCCGGCUGACCACCCUCUUCUUUCUCUCCGCUCUCUCCCUCCCUCCCUCCCUCUCUCCCUCCUUUCACUUCUCCCUCACUCCCUCCCCUUCAUGGCCGUGAACUGCUUCAGCAUUGCUUCCCCCGUUGCAGACCAUGGCGUACGACGCCGUCUCCCAGGCCGACCACGAGGUGGCUUCCAACGCGACCGAUUCUGAUCACUCCCGCCGUUCGUCGCUGCACAAUGCUGCCUUCCACCAGCUCCCCUUGGACGCCGACCACGACGACUCCGGCAGGAAGAGCCUGGGCUCGAUGAUCCGCUCCAUGACCUCCACCAGUUACGAUAUGGUCGAGGAUGAUGACUACGAACUGCCCGCCGAUCCUGCUCCGAACCCAACUGCCAAUAGUCCCCGUUUCGUCCCUCCGCUUGAGACAGUCCCUGAUACUACUAGUCGCACCGCUAACCCCCCUGAACCCGACCCUGAACCGACCCUCCGCACCCCCGUUACCGACCAGCCCGUCCCCCUCAGCCAUCCCACCCCCGACCUGCAAUCGCUGCAAGGCGCCUACCUCAAUAAUGUCGAGCGGCUCGAGCGCAGCGCUGAACGCAUGAGUCUGAGCUCCAAUAUUGGCUCCGAGAUUCGCAAGAUGGACCAGGACCAGAAACGUCGCUCCUCCAGCUCCGCCUCCAACUCCACCCACGCCAGCGUCCACGACGGCCUGCGCGCCAGCAUCUCCUCCCGCCACGGUUCCAUCCAGUCCGCGUCCCGUCUGGCCCAGGUGGCCGAGCACGCGCCUGCCCGCUUCUACGGCGACUCGACCUCCCGUGUGCCUGCCAUGCCCUACCUUCCUCCGCCCCCGCCGCCUGCGCAGAGCGAGCCCGAGUACCAGCAGGAUUACUACAACCAGGAGUUGGGAGAGGAGCUCGAGCGGACAUACACCGCGGCGUCGACCGACACGUACCAGCAGGCCCGGGUCCUCUUCAACGACUUUGACGGCGUGCAUUAUGUGCCGCACGAGAAUGAUCUGGCCCGGCGGGUGUCCCUGACCAGGUCCCUGGCGGGCAGACCCGACACCUACCACGACCCGCAGGCUGAGAAUAUGGUCUACUACCCGGCCCCGGUGCCCAUGAUGCUCAAUCUGCCGCCCCGGUUGUCCCAGCGGAACAACUCGCAGCGGGAGAAGCGUCGCACGCAGCUUCUCGGAGCGGUGGCUUCGGAGAACCGGAAGUCGGCCCGGUGGAUGGCUGGCCAGGUGGGCGAUAACGAUGCCGGGCAUGGCAAGCCAGCGAACCUGCCCCCGCAGCUCCGCGCGAGUGUCUUCUUCGACCAGCCGUCAGCGGCGGUGGAUGUCGAGCUCACGCAAGCCUCCGCGGUCGCGACGCUGGACAGCAUCCUCGAUGCCUCGACGCAUGCCCCGGUCAGUGCCUUCACGGGUCAGAUCAACACCGCAGGACUGGCCAAGACGCUGGGCUCCAGGCUGGACCUGAACCUGUCCGACCCAGAACUGCGAGAAGUGUCGCUCACGUCCGAUCGCUUCUACAAGACAGAAGGCGAAGCUGCCGAUGUGCAUGAAGGCACUUCGCUGCGUGAGGAUGGCCGCGAGGGGUCUGAUGCUGGCUCUCGUGCGGAAGGGGAAGGCUUGGAGGGUCCCAUUGGCGAUUUCACCGGGCCUCCGAAUACCCUGAUGGCAGAACUUCAGCUCCGGAAGAGUGAAUUGAAACAGCGGCAGCGAACGGCCCCGGAGAUGGUCGGACUGCAGUCGACGCUUCUCCAGCUCGACGCGGUCGCGCAGAAGCAGAGCGAGCACCGCCGACAGAGACCCGUCACCCUGGCGUGGGAAAGCCCGGAUGCCAACCAGGACGGGGAAGAGGACGACGAUGACGUGCCGCUGGGUAUGUUGUUUCCGGACAAGGCCCCUCCCCUGAGUGAAGUGCGACCGCUGGGUCUCCUGGAGCGACGGGAGAUCGAGGAGUCGGAGCCCCUGAGCCACCGUCGUGCCAGACUCCGAGGGGAACCCGCCCCGCGCAGCCCCGAUUUGCGCCCCGUCACAAUGUAUUCAAACGCACCCGCCCCAGUCGAGCACGAGGACAGCGGCGACGAGGGCGAAACCCUGGCCCAGCGUCUCAAACGACUCAGGUCCAAAGACGAAGAAGAGCCCAGCUCCGUUGCCGAGAGUGAGUUCGCGACCGAGAUCCUGGCAGAGAUCAGACACGUCGGGGAGGACCCCGAGAAAGCAGAGGAGAAGGUGGUGGCACCCGAGGAUGAGACUCUCGCCCAGCGCCGCGCUCGACUCCAGAAGGAGGCCGAGGCGGAGGCGCGCCAAAACUCCACCCUGAAGCUGCCUCGGUACCGCCGAAGCAUGGCCGACAUCCUGCACGCCCGUCGCCCGACCGCAGUGAACCGCCAGUCGACCUACGACGCGGCCGCCGCCCGUGCCCCGCCCCAGCGCACUCUGGACCACCGCAUGUCGCUGCAACAAUUCCCCACCAACGUCGCCGCCGGCUACGGCCACCCCGCCGCAGGCGCUCCUCCAUACGGCCCCGGGAUGGUCCACCCGAACACCUUCUACAGCGACGCCCUGCUGAACAUGAACCACCUCAGCUACGCGAUGCCGGCGAGCAAGGCCAAGGUGGUGCGGCCGGUGAUCGAGCCGGGACAGCGCGAGAUGAUUGACCGAUGGAGGCAGAGCAUUGUCUAGGUCGAGUUUCAGUCUGUGUGAAUUUGCGGGUCCUGGGUACUAGGUAAUGGGUAUUGGCGCGGUGUUAGCUUAGCAUUUUUCUUAUUAGCAUGUGGGCCCUGCAGCAUGAGCGAUUUCUUUUAGGGAGUAGAUAGCGAUCUGGUGUAUGUAGCAUAGCAUAGUGAUUCGGUCGUGG